UUUGGACCAAAGGAAGUUUUGUUCCCCCCAAUUAUCUUCUGGCAACACCUUAUCCAAAAAUCAGUUUCAUUUCCUCCCACUCAUCAUCUUCUCCCCCAUACAAACAAGUUGCAGGUAUUCUUCCUCCUUCCUUUCAUGGCGGACACAAUUUCAAUCACAAUCACACAACAAUAAUACCACUAACUUUUCAUCAAUUCAAUGGCGCUCGCAUCUGUCUCACACGGCAACACCUUCUCCUCUUCAUCCUCCUCAAUUCUCACUUCCAAUUUUCACCAUUCACUAAACCCUAAUUUCACCAAAAACCUUCAAUCAUCACGAGAAUGCGUCAACACCAGCAGUUCCAUCUUCCGAUGCGGAAACAAGCACCGGUUCCUUCAAUCUGACGGUAAUCGCGUUGCACGAGAUCGGAAAACCCUAACGGUUACGGCAGCUUCGUUAGGAGGUUUACUCGGUGGAAUCUUCAAAGGCGGUGCUGAUACCGGUGAGUCCACCAGGCAGCAGUACGCUGCUACUGUUGCGCUUAUUAAUUCGCUUGAAUCGGAGCUGAGUUCUGUUCCGGAUUCGGUGUUGAGAGAGAGGACGGAGCAGUUGAAGCAACGAGCUCGUCAAUCGCCUCAAUCAUUGGACUCUCUGUUGCCUGAGGCGUUUGCUGUAGUGAGAGAAGCUUCGAAACGAGUUCUAGGUCUUCGUCCUUUUGAUGUUCAACUGAUAGGUGGUAUGGUACUUCAUAAAGGAGAAAUAGCUGAAAUGAGGACCGGAGAGGGAAAAACUCUUGUGGCCAUUUUACCAGCUUAUUUAAAUGCAUUAACCGGUAAAGGAGUUCACAUCGUUACAGUUAAUGAUUAUCUUGCAAGGAGAGAUUGUGAAUGGGUUGGUCAAGUCGCUCGUUUUCUUGGACUCUCGGUUGGCCUAAUCCAGCAAAAUAUGACAAGUGAAGAAAGGAGGCAGAAUUACUUGUGUGAUAUCACGUAUGUCACCAAUAGCGAGCUCGGUUUUGAUUACCUGAGAGACAAUCUUGCCAUGAGUGUUGACGAGCUUGUAAUAAGGGGUUUUAAUUACUGUGUAAUCGAUGAGGUUGAUUCUAUUCUUAUAGACGAAGCAAGAACUCCUCUUAUCAUAUCGGGACCUGCUGAAAAACCAAGUGAACAAUACUAUAAAGCUGCUAAAAUAGCUACUGCUUUUGAACGAGAUAUACAUUACACAGUUGAUGAGAAGCAGAAGAAUGUUUUACUUACAGAACAGGGUUAUGCAGAUGCUGAAGAAAUUCUUGAAGUAAACGACUUAUACGAUCCUAGAGAACAAUGGGCCUCAUUUAUCAUAAAUGCUAUAAAAGCUAAAGAGUUAUUUCUUAGAGACGUGAACUAUAUUAUUCGUGGAAAAGAGGUUCUCAUAGUGGAUGAGUUUAGUGGUCGAGUUAUGCAGGGUAGGCGUUGGAGUGACGGGCUUCAUCAAGCAGUGGAAGCUAAAGAAAGAUUGCCCAUUCAAAAUGAGACCGUGACUCUGGCCUCAAUUAGUUACCAAAACUUCUUUCUUCAGUUUCCAAAACUUUGUGGCAUGACUGGCACAGCUGCAACCGAGAGUUCAGAAUUUGAGAGUAUUUACAAACUCAAAGUUACAAUUGUCCCAACAAACAAACCUAUGAUACGAAAGGAUGAGUCAGAUGUGGUGUUUAGGGCAACCAAUGGAAAGUGGCAGGCAGUUGUUGUGGAAAUUUCUAGAAUGAACAAAACGGGCCGGCCCGUGCUUGUUGGCACAACUAGUGUUGAGCAGAGUGAUUUAUUAUCAACACAACUUCGUGAAGCUGGAAUCCCUCAUGAGGUUUUAAAUGCAAAACCAGAAAACGUGGAGCGAGAAGCUGAGAUUGUGGCACAAAGUGGUCGGCUUGGGGCAGUUACUAUUGCUACUAAUAUGGCUGGUCGGGGAACCGAUAUUAUUCUUGGUGGUAAUGCAGAAUUUAUGGCUAGGUUGAAGUUACGUGAGUUGCUCAUGCCAAGCGUUGUUAAGCCAGCUGAGGGAGUAUUUGUUUCUGUGAAGAAAGCUCCCCCAAAGAAGACAUGGAAGGUGAGUGAAAGUUUGUUCCCUUGUGCACUAUCUGAAGAAACUACCAAAGUUGUUGAGGAAGCUGUACAGUCAGCUGCCAGCUCAUGGGGUCGGAGAUCGUUACCUGAGCUGGAAGCAGAAGAGCGGCUCUCUUAUGCUUGUGAAAAGGGUCCCACACAGGAUGAAGUAAUUGCUAAAUUGCGUCAUUCGUUUAUAGAAGUUGCAAAAGAAUAUAAAGCCUACACAGAAGAAGAGAAGAAGAAGGUUGUAGCUGCUGGUGGACUUCAUGUUGUUGGAACAGAACGCCAUGAAUCGCGAAGAAUUGACAAUCAGCUGCGUGGGCGAAGUGGGAGGCAAGGGGAUCCUGGAAGUACGCGUUUCUUUCUCAGUCUCGAAGAUAAUAUCUUUCGAAUAUUUGGUGGUGAUCGAAUUCAGGGCAUGAUGAGAGCUUUUAGAGUUGAGGAUCUACCAAUUGAAUCAAAAAUGUUGACAAAAGCACUGGAUGAAGCUCAAAGAAAAGUGGAAAAUUACUUUUUUGACAUCCGAAAGCAACUAUUCGAGUAUGAUGAGGUUUUAAACAGCCAAAGAGACCGCGUUUAUACUGAGAGAAGACGAGCUUUAGAAUCUGAAGAUCUUCAAUCUCUACUUAUUGAAUAUUCUGAACUCACAAUGGAUGACAUAUUAGAGGCAAAUAUUGGUUCUGAUGCUCCGAAAGAAAACUGGGAUUUUGAAAAGCUCAUUGCGAAACUCCAGCAGUAUUGCUAUCUGUUGAACGAUUUGACUCCAGAUUUACUUGUGAGCAAGUCCUCAACUUAUGAAAAUUUGAGGAAUUAUCUUCGUCUUCGUGGACGUGAAGCAUAUUUACAGAAAAGGGAUAUUGUGGACAGAGAAGCACCGGGAUUAAUGAAAGAAGCCGAAAGAUUCUUAAUAUUGAGCAAUAUAGAUCGGUUAUGGAAAGAGCACUUGCAAGCACUUAAAUUUGUUCAACAAGCAGUAGGCUUACGUGGAUAUGCACAACGGGACCCACUUAUCGAGUACAAACUUGAAGGAUACAAUCUCUUUAUUGAAAUGAUGGCACAAAUAAGAAGAAAUGUUAUAUAUUCUAUAUACCAGUUUAAACCUGUGAUGGUGAAGGAUCCUGCAAAAACACGCAACAAUGGUACAAACGGGUCGGUGCCCCCACCGUCAUCUGUCAGCUCUGAGGCCAAAGUAUGACAUAGAAUUUGCAAAUAUUAUUUCAGAGUCCUUGAACGGCAUGUAGUAAGUUGAACUCGUAGAAUGUUUCAUGUAUCUUUGAAUUCAUCAACUUCUAAAGAUGAUUUCAUAGAGCUCAUAAAGUAACAGAGCUAGCAUAUCUCUACAUCUGGCUUACAAUCUUGGUUGUCGACCUAGAAUACACAGUGAUGGUUAAAAGGUUAUAAUAUCGUUGUUUCAAUUGA